AAUAUGUGAUAAAAGUUAGUAUUGUAAAUAACACCAUAGACCAAGUUUUGCGCAUGCGUCAAAAGUGUAAUUUGUCUUAUAUGUGUGGGAGGGAGUAAAUUUUACAUCUGAAUGCAGGAAGGCCGAAAUCCUUACAACUUAUUCCAAUGCCCAGCUCUAGAAUGGAUAUCUAUAUAACAAAGGGCAUCACCAACCCUAACUAUCCAGGAUUUCAGAAAUUUGCGCAUACCCUGUCGGAUGACUACAUAGAGUACUCGGAUAUGGAAUGCAAUGAAAGCGAUCUAACCGAUAGCGACAGAGAAGAAGACCCAAACACGUUUCCAAAUAAGGUUGUCAAGGAAUCGGGCUCAGAAACAUUUAAGAAUGGCCAAGAUUUGAUUUUAAGUAACUGCGACAAUGGUAACACAUUUAUAUCAGAGAAAAUCGUGAAGAGAUCAGACAAUAUUCCGGAUAUUGUAAAUGAGAACUAUAGUGCAACGUCGGAAACCUCCAAGCGAGCUUUGCAUAAGCCAGACCUUAUCUAUAAUCUAAGCCACAAUUAUACGACCAAUCCUGAGUUCUCCACCUGGUCAUGUACAAUUAAUUCAAAGUACGAAGAGCACUUGCAGGGACAAAGCCCUGUCGAUAUUGUAGGGGAUUUUGGAGGAGAGGUGGAGCGGGAAUUCGAGCUACUCCUCACUGGAUAUAAAAACAAGAAAUGUGAAGAUGAGUUAAAGGGAUCAAAUUUAAAUAAGAUUUGCGAUGCAGAACUAUCCAAUGGAACGGAAGCUUUAAAACAAAAAUCCUCGACGCGAUUGUCUGGAAACAGUACUAGAAAAAAUAAAAAAAAGAACACACCAUACGGACAUCAAACCAUAAAAACGAAGCAUGCAAAGCCGUCACAUGACGAACGCCAGUUGCCACCAGACACGUUCGACUACAAAACGUAUAGCCAACGAAAAUAUAUAAUUUGUGAUGAUGAGCAGUACUCGUCCGUUUCGGAAAAUAACAAAAAUGAUAGUGCGAACAUAUGUCAGGGUGAAAUGCCCAGCUUAAGCAACUUGAAAAUCGAUCAAAGUGGAAGCCAGCAGAAUCUUGACGAGGAUAAUAAUAAGGUGGCAAGUCGGAAGUACUUAAGUCAAUCGCGCUGGUCUCAAUACUUAGAAGAUCCCAUUAAGUACUCCAAAGAUCCAUGCUCUACUAUGGUUUUAGAACAAUUUGAUGCCUACAAGAUUGCAAACGAUAUGGAUGUGGAAACAUUGGAAAACCAUUUUAAAAAGGUUAAACAGAUAGAGAAAAAGCGGAGAUUUAAUCGAGAUGAAAUACGUAAGAGAUUGGCGAUCGGAGAUAAAGAAUCUUUAAAUAAUGAUAUGAAGAAGGAGGAAUUUCUAACCGUAUCCGAUAAUGAAAGUUAUAGUUCCGACUCUGAAACGUGCCCAAAGCUAUCAAGUGGUGUACUUCGCAAGCAAUCCGAUUUCUGCGAGACAAAACACCAUAAGGAAUAUGAAAACGACAAAAUCUUUCAAAAGAACCAAAUCAACCAAGAUAAAACCAUGAAUCAUGCGAAUGGUAACGCCAUUGGUACAACAGAUUUUCCGUCAGAUGAAAACUUGUUUUUCUUUGCGAAUCAAUCAAAACUUCAAAUAGAGGUUAGAAUAGCCCUAGCUCAAUCGAAGGAAAUAGCUCAGAUGAAAGUAAAGGCCAGGAAACACGGCGUAACUCCCAUUGUGGACGUAAUUCGAUCCAUGCUGUGUGAUGUUGGUAUCCAAAUGAAUUCCAACCAUCGAUGGAUUUCGAGGCAGCUGCUCACUGGAAUUCAAGUUCCGACUCUCCAGCUUUUGGUUAAUAAUUUGCAAGAGUAUAUAGAAAACUUGAAUGUUACACUACUGGAGAGCUUAAAGGAGCGAGACGAUCUGAAUUCGGACCAAGACGAUGUAUUACACGAUCUCGAAAAAAUAAAUAACUUUUUUGUGUUCCAACAGCAAUCUGGACAGCAGGUCAAUAAAAUAGUUAGACACGGCAAUUUAGAUUAAACACUUGAAAUUGCAUAUUUUAUUAACAACUUGUUUAUAAAUAUUAUAAUCACUUGUAUAAUUGAUAACAAUCUAACGAGACCGUUUAUAAAACAUACUCAAAUGUU